AGUGGUUGCAAAACACUCCGCUCUCCCAAGUGUGAACUCCACGGGCUUCGCGGUCAUUUAUUUUUGCUCGGACUCGUCCUUCUAAAAAUUGCACCUUUUUAAAUUGGAUGUGUGUCACUGUCAGUUUUGGAUGUGGAAAUGUUGCCACGAUAAGAAGUAAGAGCGGCAAGAGUGGCCCGAUCAACCUCCUCUCUCACGUCUUAGAAUUUUAAUGAGCUGGAACCCCCUGAGGCGUUCGGCGGCGCGUACGCCUCCCAUAACUACUGGGCCUCCGGAUGAAAAACAUGUGGAAGUCUAUAUCUCUAAGUUUGUGAGGGGGUUUGACAAGGACGAGGACACUGUGAAGUUUUUCGCUGUGGAGCCAGACUCUGAGUCCCUCGAAUCAUGCAGGCUGGAGGCAGACACAAAGAAGCUGCACAAACAAGCCAGGAAGUAUGAGGAUCUCAUGCUCGCCUUGUACCGAUGCGAAAAAAAGCUAGCCGGUGACCUCGCAAACGGUGAGCUGUGCCGUGACCGGCAAGAACUGCGUCGUCUCCUCGAGGACUGGUUGGGAUUCGCCUCAGAGAUGGACAAUGCAGUCGAAGACCAUGUUCUUGCAGUGCGCCGCUGCCUGGUGGACCCUUUGAAACGGUCGCAGGGCCUCUUUACGGAAGUACAGAGCUCGUUACGCCGCAGGGAGCAGACGGUGCAGGAGCGGCUGAGGCUGGAAUCACGACUAGCUCGCCUGGAAGCCCGCGGGGAGCCCUCCACGGGUAAUACGCUAGCUCGGAGGGGAGAGUACCGCCGGUCCCUGGAGGCGGCACGUGCCGCGGAAGUGACGCAGGGUGCCCUCCUGGAGCACGAUCUCCCUCAACUUCACCAGGGCUGCCUGGCAGCCUUCCGACCGUCCCUCGAGGCCCUGCUCCAUGCUCAGGUACUGCAUUGGGGCGCAGCAGCUGCAGCAGCGGCCGAAGCCUUCCCUGACAUCCCUGCGACGAAAGCAAGGGCCACCUCACGCCUGGCAGCAUUACGUGCCCUCUCCAUUGUAGAAAAGGAUACGUAGCAGAAUGGAGUUUACGGCGGUUUUACGAUGUACAUUCUUUGAGAUUUAUUAUGAACACUGACAUCUUGCAGCUCAGGUUUGUUCAACAAAAAUGUGAAUAACAAGGGUACUUGCCAUAUGUCUGUCACUGUGUAAAGCAUUAAAGUUGUGAUACUCACUCA